AUGCAAACAGUUGGUAAAUCCGUACGAAAUGCCCUCUGCGUUAUCAUAUUCGGUGUUAGAUAUCUCGGAAGCAGCCGGGCAAUCGUCCUGAUAACCACGCAUACAGUCCCUAAGUUUUCAGAGUCACCGACGUAUGCAAGAACGCUGCUCUUCAAAAUUGCUGGUCAUGGUAGGUCGAAUUCAUUGCGCAGGGCAGGGAAUCAGCCCACAACCGACAAGGUGAAGCGAGAAGGAGACGAAACAGACCGUCAUGACGAGGAUCUCAAGCUGCAAAAUGGCUCCUUGGGAUCAGCGAUUGCAGACCUAUAUUGUGCGGCUUCUCAGCCUUCAUUGGUUCAGAACAAAGGUAGCAGGCAGGGAAUAAUGGGCAAGCAUGUGAGAAAGCAUAGGUUUCCACGAGUUGCAGGAUACCGAUAUAUUAACCUAAGCGGUUAUGUGGACCUAUUGCAGAAAACUGUCGACAUAGUAGCAUCGUAA